CGACGACGUCCACCGCACAACGCCCGCAGCCAUGGCACGCUCGCGAUACAGUCUUGCGCCGCAGGGGACGCCAGCGAAGGGGAUGAAGGUCCCGCUGAACGACGACGAUGAGGAGAGAGCCAAACGCCGCCAUGCCUUCGCGGACCAGCAGCGCAACUCGCUCAGGGCCUCUGCGACACCCGUCGGCAAAAAAGGUCGCAGGUCACUCGCAGCCCAGGUCAUCGACCCUCACACACCGACGCAGGACCAGGACAUGCCCGAUGUCGCCGGGAGCGCUGUCACGCCCAUGAAGCGCGUCAUGCCGCUCGCAUCCAACUUCGAAGACUGGAUCAAGAUGGCGACCGACAACAAGAUCAACGCGACAAACUCUUGGAAUUUCGCUCUCAUUGACUACUUCCACGAGAUGUCGCUGCUGAAGGAGGGCGACGGCGUCAACUUCCAAAAGGCCAGCUGCACGCUUGACGGAUGUGUGAAAAUCUACACGAGCAGAGUAGACAGUGUUGCGACAGACACCGGCAAGCUUCUCAGCGGUCUAGCUGAAAACGGCAACAAGAAGCGCCGAGGCGACGACGAAGAAGGCGAAGAUGGCGAGGACGGAGAGGGUGAGGAGGGAGAAGACGGCCAGAAGAAGAAGCGCAAGCGAGCAGCUCGAUCGGCCGAAGCAACACUGGCGACAUCAUUCGAGCAACUACAAAACAAGAAGAUGGACCUGGAGUUCGCGCAGGAUCCGCUGUUCAAGAAGGCGACCGCCGACUUCGACGAGGGCGGCGCCAAGGGUCUACUGAUGAACCACCUGGCCAUCGACGCAAACGGCAGGAUCGUGUUCGACAGCAGCGACGAUGCAGGUGAUGCGGCAGCGAAGGACAUGCGAGAAGCCUCCGCGCCAGGAGAGACACCAGAGCCAGAGGAGGCGGUAGACGAAGCUUCGGAUGACAUUGAGAUCGAUAUCUCCGGGCUCGCCGCAAAAUACUUUCCCAACCUCGCACUUCUCGACGACCAGGAUGUCUGCCCAUCUAUGAAGACCUUCGAUCUCGGCGACGUGAACGGCUCCAUGGAUCUCCCCUUCCUCAAGGCGCCCGAGGACUGGCGACAAGACGAAAAAGACGAGGCAGAAGACGAGGCAGGAAACGUCUCCGGCAUGUUCCUUGACGAUAACAACGCCGGGGGCUUCGACGAUGACGACGACAACCUGGGGGGAUUCGACAUGGGUGCUGAUGUUGGUUUCGGUGAAGGCGGCGAAGCUUUCGCACAAGAGUUGGCUCUGAUCCCCAAUGCUCGUGUGCACAACAACGACGUAGCUGAGGGUGAUGAGGAAGCCGUAGAAAGUAUUGAGGGACAGAUGGGCACUGAGGAGCAACAGUACGCAUUGACCAUGAGCCACGCCCGCGAGCAAGAGCACGAGAAUAUCCUGAGCUACUUCGACCAAGCACUCAAGAAGAAUUGGGCGGGGCCUGAGCAUUGGCGGAUUCGACGAGUCAAGGAGGCCGGAAAAGCGGCUCCGGUCACGAAGAGGAAAGAGAAGGAGCCCUUUGAGAUUGACUUCAUGGCGCCCAUGUCGCAGGAGCUGGCCAACGCAUUAUACACACCUGCAGCCUCAGCAUCCGCAAUUUCGUUACCGAAAGCGCAGUGGAAGUCAAAGACACGAAAUCUCCUCCCAGACGACAAGCACUUCAACUCGAAGAAUUUGUUACGGCUGUUCCUCAAGCCGAAGGCUCGAGUUGGCCCACGACGACUGCAAAAGCGGCCGCAAGAAUUGGCCAGGAAAGAGGAGGCAGUCCAUGGCGAAGUCGACGAAGCGUUCUGGGCCAACCGUGCCAACGAAGAAGCUGCUGCGGACGAAGACGGCCCAGUACAAGGCAACUACGAUGCCGACUUCUUCAAUGACGACGCACUCCCGUUCGCUGGUGGUUUCAUGGACGACGACGACGACUUCGCAGAUGCCCGCGACCACUUCUCGCCACCCCCAACACAGCUCCCUCGCGGCACCCAAGCCACGGACAUACCGAGCUCGCAGGCCAAUGCCUUUGGUGCGGAUCUCAUCACUCAGAGCAGACGGUUCAGACCAGAGUACGUGCAAUACGCACGGGUAGCAAAGAAGGUCGAUGUCAAGAGACUGAAGGACGAGCUUUGGACCAGCAUGGGUCUCGAGAAGAUCACCGCACCCCCAGCAGCAAACGCCGUUGACGAUCCAGCAAUGAAAGCUGUUGACGGCUCGCUCAACUUCACUGACGUCGUCAACAGUCUGAAGCAGGUGUACCCGCAAAAGGCGUUGGCUGAUAUCUCGACAAGCUAUUGCUUUAUUUGCACCCUUCAUUUGGCGAACGAGCAGGGCUUGGUAAUCGAAAACACAGAAAACUUUGAGAACCUGACGAUCCGGAGAGACUUUACUGCGGACCUCAGUGUUGGGCAUUAGAAGACGGGAUGGAAUGCUUGUUGUUAUGAUUGUCGAUACCAUCUAAGCUGGCGUUAAAGUAAGGGGUUCCGGAUGCAUCCAUACAGGUUGGGAGGCCACGCCCGGGACGUUAAUGUGCAUACGAAUC